AUGGCCUCGCGGUGUGUCAGACAAAUCUCCCUCAAAUUUCCAAAAGCUGGCUCUACGCGUGCUUUGGUACCACGAAUAACAACAAGAGGAUUUGCAACGUCUAGGAGAGUGCACUCGGACGAACCCUCGUUUCAACGCGCAAAGGACAAGGCAGCAGUAGGAGUAUUCGACUGGAAAGCAGCAGGCAUAUUCGUUGUAACAGGCAUCGGCUUGUACUAUUAUUUCGAGCAUCACAAGGCACAAGUACAAGAAGAGAAACGUCAAGAACUGAAAAAGGCAAGAUAUGGAAAAGCGUUUGUCGGUGGACCAUUUGAACUCGUGAAUGCACAAACCAAGACGCCGUUUACUCAAGACAAUCUCCUCGGGCAUUGGAGUCUCAUCUACUUUGGAUUCACCAAUUGCCCCGACGUGUGUCCAGAGGAGCUCGACAAGAUGACCGAAGUCGUCGAUCGAAUAGGCACGUCUAGACUUUUGCACAACGGGUCGCGGCUUGACGCAUUCCAACAGAAAAGGAACAUGACAUUAAACACGAGACACAUCGGACCAGCUGGAGAAAUACCUCGCAGGUGCAUAAGCCUCCUAUAUCCGCUUUCCGACUGGAUGAAUGAUGCACCAAUAGACUUUCAUCCGCGCAUGAUUGGUCUUACCGGUACUUAUGAGCAAGUCAAGGCAGCUUGCAAAUCGUAUCGCGUCUACUUCUCGACGCCACCAAAUGCAAAACCAGGCGAUGACUACCUGGUCGACCACUCCAUCUUCUUCUACCUAAUGGACCCGGCCGGGAAUUUCGUCGAAGCAUUUGGAAAGUCGUCGACUGCAGACGUUGUCUGCACAAAGUUUAAUGAAGGGCUUCUUGACUGGAAGGAGCGACCAAUGGAUCAGCGCACAUGA